CGUCCACGUACGUCGCCGAAGAUCGCGUCCACGAAGACACAGGCUCUCUUCCCCCGCCCCCGAAGAUCGUCCAUCGGACAACCGUCGCGAAGAACGUCCAGCAAGAUUCCACGCCCGAAGAAUUAGUUUGAACGCGCAAUGGACAUAGGAAAACGAAAAAAAAAAAACAAAAAAAGUGCAUGAACUUUUAUUAAUUCGAGUUCCUCGGUCUUAUACGGAGAUUGUUGUAGAUAGCUAUUUAACUUUCACACGUUGUAAAGUCUUUGUCCCGGCGGAAUGCGUGAAACGUAGCCGCUUACGAUCAUUAAUAGCAAUGUUAUCGAAGUCUAUCCUAAACUUGCCUCUUAGAACAUCGACACGUAGUUAGAUGUUUAAACUUCGACUGUGCCACUUACCGUCUAGCGAGAGUAAUAAAUAUAACAAUAAAGUUUUAAACUAUUGACAUCUAACGAUACGGCGAAACCUGACAAUCAUCGCGUACCUUUCAUACAAAUACGAUCGCUCGUCUUCCGUUGUCUGGAUCAACAAUAUAUAUAUAUAUAUGUAUAAAUACGCACAAACACGUACAAGCACAGAACUCUUAUACGAUAUAUAUUUUUUUUUCUUUUUUUUUGAUAAAUCGCUCAUUUUCGAACCUGAGCGCGGACAAAUAUAUUUAUCAUUUUCGUUGUACGGAUUAUCGGAUACUCUUAUUGCGACGCAUUACUACGACGUCAGCUCAUGUCGAAGAUACUCAUCCUGCGUAUUGUUCCUAUGUACACACAACAAAUCAGAUUAUCGGGCCAUGUUUCUGAAGCCGUGCCUGCCGCCCACCGGUGUCCCCAACAACGCCACCGCCACCGCCACGUUCGAUCCCGGCUUGGGCUGUUCCGCCGACCCGCGGUUGCUGUUUCAAGGCUCGUCCGCCUGGGUGCCGGAAACCGACAAGCCCUACAUGUGCUCCAGCUGCGGCAAAGGUUACACCCACAUAUUCACCCUGAACCGUCACCGUCGCACCGUAUGCGGUAAGAUCAGGAACACCAACGGCAAGUGGAAGUGUCCCCGUUGCACCAGGUCCUACGUCACCGAGGGCAAUCUCGUGCGUCACGUGAGGUUCGAGUGCGGGGUCCGGCGGAAGUUCUGCUGCAUCUUCUGCAACCGGAAGUUCACCCAACGUUGCAGCCUGAUACGACACCUGAGGAACUUCCACAACGAGAGCUUCGACAGCACCAACGGGGCCGGCGUUCCCCCGGAGUACCAACCGAUGGACACCUGUCACGUGGAAGGAAAGAGCUCGGACGACUCCAGAGUAUAAGCAUUGAACGAGAAUAUCGUACAUCGUUCCUCCGAGACGCGAUAUUUUUCAUAAUUCUCGCGCGACGGUAACAAACGCUCGCCGGGAGAUCGUAGAACGGGUUCCUCGAACAAAC